AGCGUUUUCCGCCUUAGGCGGGGUCAUCAUCUCUGUUGGUAAAGUUUGGCUGUUCGAAUUGACUGAGAUCGGCAAAAUUGACAGUACAGCGAGUAUAAUAUCCGACUGUCCGUUCAGUAACCGGUUCGAUCGGGCUAGGCGUGCAGCUGUAAGUGUGCGGCAGACGUUAUCUGACUGCAGUCAUGUCCGAGGACCCGAGCACUCAACCUUGGUCUAUCGACAAGGAUGACUAUGAGCUACAGGAGGUGAUCGGGAGUGGAGCAACAGCUGUGGUCCAGGCAGCAUAUUGCAAACCCAGGAACGAGAAAGUGGCCAUUAAACGCAUCAAUCUCGAGAAAUGCCAAACCAGCAUGGAUGAGCUCCUGAAAGAGAUCCAGGCAAUGAGUCAGUGCCAUCACCCAAAUAUUGUGUCUUAUUACACUUCCUUUGUGGUCAAGGAUGAGCUUUGGCUGGUCAUGAAGUUGCUCAGUGGUGGCUCAGUUCUUGAUUUUAUAAAAUACAUCAUUUCCAAAGGAGAGCACAAAUCGGGUGUCAUGGAUGAACCCAGCAUUGCUACUAUAUUAAAAGAAGUGCUGGAGGGUUUGGAUUAUCUGCACAAAAAUGGUCAGAUUCACAGGGAUGUAAAAGCUGGAAAUAUUCUUUUAGGAGAGGACGGCUCUGUUCAAAUCGCAGAUUUCGGUGUCAGUGCCUUUUUAGCAACCGGUGGGGACAUGACUAGAAACAAAGUAAGAAAGACGUUUGUAGGUACACCAUGCUGGAUGGCCCCAGAGGUCAUGGAACAGGUCAGGGGUUAUGAUUUCAAAGCUGAUCUUUGGAGUUUUGGGAUUACGGCUAUAGAGCUGGCGACCGGAGCUGCUCCAUAUCACAAAUAUCCUCCGAUGAAGGUUCUCAUGUUAACCCUGCAGAAUGACCCUCCUUGUCUGGAGACCGGCGUUACAGAUAAAGAGAUGGUCAAAAAGUAUGGAAAAUCCUUUAGGAAGAUGAUCUCUUUGUGCCUUCAGAAGGAUCCGGAAAAACGGCCUACAGCUGCUGAGCUUUUAAAACACAAGUUCUUUACAAAAGCCAAGAACAAUGAGUACUUAAAAGAAAAAUUGUUGGAAAGGGCACCAACAAUAGGAGAGAGAUCAAGGAAGGUGCGGAGAGUUCCUGGCUCCAGCGGGCGGCUUCACAAGACCGAGGAUGGUGAAUGGGAAUGGAGUGAUGAUGAGCUGGAUGUGGAGAGUGAGGAAGGCAAGGCUGCAGUGGCUGCUUUACGGUCACCAAGAGUAAAGGAAGAGGAUGCCCUGCAAAAUGCAGAGAUCUUUGCCGCAGAUCCAUCAAAUUUUCUGCAGCCAACACCCGCACGACCGUCUGAAGUGCCACACAGCACAAAUGAAACGGCAACAUUAUCAACGGUCACACCAGCCCCUCAGGUUGUUGGUGGCCCUACACCGGUAGCUCAGGACUCGGCAAAAACCCCUAUCAGCCUGGUCCUAAGACUAAGGAAUACAAAGAAGGAGCUGAAUGAUAUCAGAUUUGAGUUCAUGCCAGGGAGAGACACAGCUGAUGGAGUGUCUCAGGAGCUGGUGUCUGCAGGAUUGGUGGAUGGGAGAGACUUAGUCAUUGUGGCAGCCAAUUUGCAGAAAAUUGUUGAUGAUCCUCAAACCAACAAAAAUGUCACUUUCAAGCUGGCGUCGGGAGUGGACAGCUCUGAAAUUCCAGAUGACGUUAAACUCAUGGGAUUCGCUCAGCUGAGUAUAAGUUAAAAAGUAGUGUUACCAGCCACCGGAGUACACAGACUUUUGUGCACGACAAACCGUGCAUUGUACAUGCUUUCAUUGGCCUGAAGAAACCACUACUGCCAAAGAAACAGAAGGAAUCUGACUACACAUAGGAUAACUAAUGUUAAAUAGGACCGCAUCCAAGUUCAUAGGAGCGCACCUUAAAUGUUUACAGUAUUCAUGUAUUUUGUUUUCUUUCUGUUGCUUUAAACAUUUGCACAAUUGAACCAACUCCUAAUACUGGUAGAUGUCAAAAGAAUGCCUUACUUUAAAUAGUACUACUGAAUUGUAGUUAGACAGUAGCUGUGAAAUGAACGAGAGACUGUGUGUGCUUUCGGCUGUGUAUGUAAUGCUCCGGGGAGAGAUGUCAUUCAAGACGGCACUUAGGACAGACAGCACCAACUUCAAGUUGUUCAGCACACCAUACGCUGGUGUGAUCCACCAUUUUGAGCUAUUGAGAACUUGUUCGCAUUAUCCAGUAACUAUAAGAGCCAUGUCACCCACAAGUCAAAACAUAGUUUCACCUUUAAAUGUGUGCACCCACAUGCAUUUUCACUGCUCUCUUUAUAGGGAUAGAUUCUUACUAUUUGCAUGGACUGAUGCAAGAUUGCAUGAAUGAUCUUGAUAUGUACACAUAUGCUGAUCAUAUUGCUCUUAUUAGCUUAUGAUAAAUGAGCCCCCCCCCCAAAAAAAACAGCAUUAUGAAUUUGUCCGGCUAUGAAGAACGUUCCAAGGAAUUAAAGCAUUCAGUGUUUAUUUUUAAAUCAAAUUAAUUUUGAAAACCAUUUUUAGGAAUAUGCAGUUUUGUAAAUUGAACCUAAUAUUGCAAGUUUAACUUGCAUGCAUAUCAAUGAAGCAAAGUGGCAGCUGUUUCAGAAGUGUUACAGAACUAGAUCUGCAUUUUGUUAAGGAAAUGUCAGUGCAUGCAAGGAAGCAAAAGGGUUGUAUUAAAGGUUUUGUUAAAAUUAAACCGAAAAGAAGAAGAAGAACAGGCAGUUUUGAAAUAAUAGCCUGCAGAUUCUGAACAUUCUGUUAGUCAAUAGAGAAGUUUAAAACGUUACUCUUACAUUUCUUAAAAACUGUUAAGUUAUAAACUAUAAAAUUGGCACACCUUAAAAAGACUUAAAGUUUGAAUGCACAGAAGAAAACUAUAUUGGGUUAUAUAACACUGCAAGCACUAUUGUAACAAUGUUUGUUCAGCAGCGAAUGAAAAAGAACGAGUUUUGGUGGACAUUGUGUUGUCUUUGUGUCCAUGUAAAUAUUUAGGCCCAUUGCACCUUCCUGCUUAAUAUCACCUGUCUUACCAGUAGGCAUGUAUACUGUAUAUAGGCAAAAACAUGCUCAUGUGUAGUUGUUUUUAUUUGUCCCUUUCAUAAAAGUAACAUGGUCAUUCUUGUUAAUUGCCUGUUUUUUGUUUAUUUCUGAGGUUCUUCACUUCAUCUCAAGUUUAUUCUUCCACUGUUCUCUAUUUUAAGGUGGUUUUAAAAUUGAUGAAUUUAAUGAUUCGUUUCGCACCUGUGUGUAUGUGAAAAUGACUUGAUGCAAAUUGAUUUCUUAAAAAAAUAGUAUAAACACAACAAUGAAUGUGGUGGGUGGGGUAUCUAAUGAGUACUUGAUCAAAAAGCUCAUGUAAAUAAAACAUUGGUGGUGUUUAUAGAUGAUAUAAACCGUAUAUGUACUGUUCACCGUUGGCCUUUUGUAUGGAUUGGACGUAUGUUCGUCUUACGAGUUUCUUUGUUCACCGGUUUGGGUUGUGUAUUGGGAAAUACUUGAUUUAAAGGUAAAUGGUAAUCCACUAAAAAAUGUUGCAUGCUGAUCCCACUGUUACAUUUUAAUUUUAUUUACCCAGCAGUAAAGUAUGCAAACCGUCCGCCCAGCAUUUUGUCUACAUUUUUUUCUUUGUUAAAGGUUGUUGAAGGGAUGCUUAGAAGUAACGCUGUGUGUUUAAGCUGUGUGUUGACAUGGGUAUUAUAACUCAAUACAAUGGCAUGUCACCUUA